AUGAUAUCGAGACGAGAUAAACUAUUAAUUCAUCCCUGGGAACAACGCCGCUAUGAACAUCAUAGAGAAAAGGUCAAAUCGGCUAAGGCAGCUAUAGAUCGUACACCACCAGUAUUUUAUCCGCACAUUGUACAAAAGGCCAAAAAACAACAAACGGAAAAGGAACGUACACUUUAUGUGGAAAAUGAAAAUGUACGUUUGCUCCAGCGUUUAGCAGAUAUAAUGAGAACUAAACGUAUGCCCGAUUUUUGGAGAGAACCAAGACCAAACUUUUUAAGUCGAGAAAAAUUAUUCGAAGUAAGACCUCGUACCACUCAUAUGAAUUGGACUCCCUUAGAAGGUUUAAAGGAAGCGGUACACAAAUCUGCUAAAGCUACCAGGACUAAUAGAUGUCCCACUUGUAAAGGCCAACCGGAAAGACCCAAAAUAAUAAUACCAGAAGAACGUGUACCAUGGCAACCGCCACGUUCAUCAUUUAACAUAAAAACUUUACAACAACCUCGAUAUUAAAGUUUAAUUAAAAGACUACAACUCAAAUUUAAUAACUACAGACACACUCACCCUUCUAGACAAUCGUGGUAUGUUGAUUGUAGUUAAAUAUGAUAUUGAAAAUUAUUUGUAACUUGAUUGUUUCUUGUAUAAAUCUUUUGGAAAUCUUGA